AUGGACGUGGACGUGGACGUGGACGUGGACGUGGACGUGGACGUGGACGUGGACGUGGACAUGGACGUGGACGUGGACGUGGACGUGGACGUGGACGUGGACGUGGACAUGGACGUGGACAUGGACGUGGACGUGGACGUGGACAUGGACGUGGACGUGGACGUGGACGUGGACGUGGACGUGGACAUGGACGUGGACGUGGACGUGGACGUGGACGUGGACAGUGGACACGUGGACAUGGACGUGGACGUGGACGUGGACGUGGACGUGGACGUGGACGUGGACGUGGACGUGGACGUGGACGUGGACAUGGACGUGGACGUGGACGUGGACAUGGACGUGGACGUGGACGUGGACAUGGACGUGGACGUGGACGUGGACAUGGACGUGGACGUGGACGUGGACAUGGACGUGGACAUGGACGUGGACGUGGACGUGGACGUGGACGUGGACGUGGACAUGGACGUGGACGGACGUGGACGUGGACAUGGACAUGGACGUGGACGUGGACGUGGACGUGGACGUGGACAUGGACGUGGACUGGACGUGGACGUGGACGUGGACAUGGACGUGGACAUGGACGUGGACGUGGACGUGGACAUGGACGUGGACGUGGACGUGGACGUGGACAUGGACGUGGACGUGGACGUGGACGUGGACGUGGACGUGGACGUGGACAUGGACGUGGACGUGGACGUGGACGUGGACGUGGACAUGGACGUGGACGUGGACGUGGACGUGGACGUGGACAUGGACGUGGACGUGGACGUGGACGUGGACGUGGACGUGGACAUGGACGUGGACGUGGACGUGGACGUGGACGUGGACGUGGACGUGGACGUGGACGUGGACGUGGACGUGGACGUGGACGUGGACGUGGACGUGGACAUGGACGUGGACGUGGACGUGGACGUGGACGGGACGUGGACGACGUGGACGUGGACGUGGACGUGGACGUGGACGUGGACGUGGACGUGGACGUGGACGUGGACGUGGACGUGGACGUGGACUUGGACGUGGACAUGGACAGUGGACGUGGACGUGGACGUGGACGUGGACGUGGACGUGGACGUGGACGUGGACGUGGACGUGGACGUGGACGUGGACGUGGACGUGGACAUGGACGUGGACGUGGACGUGGACAUGGACGUGGACGUGGACGUGGACAUGGACGUGGACGUGGACGUGGACGUGGACGUGGACGUGGACGUGGACGUGGACGUGGACGUGGACGUGGACGUGGACGUGGACAUGGACGUGGACGUGGACGUGGACAUGGACGUGGACAUGGACGUGGACGUGGACGUGGACGUGGACGUGGACAUGGACGUGGACGUGGACGUGGACAUGGACGUGGACGUGGACGUGGACGUGGACGUGGACGUGGACGUGGACGUGGACGUGGACGUGGACGUGGACGUGGACAUGGACAUGGACGUGGACGUGGACGUGGACGUGGACGUGGACAUGGACGUGGACGUGGACGUGGACGUGGACAUGGACGUGGACAUGGACGUGGACGUGGACGUGGACAUGGACGUGGACGUGGACGUGGACGUGGACGUGGACGUGGACGUGGACGUGGACGUGGACGUGGACGUGGACAUGGACGUGGACGUGGACGUGGACGUGGACGUGGACCUGGACGUGGACGUGGACGUGGACGUGGACGUGGACAUGGACGUGGACGUGGACGUGGACGUGGACGUGGACGUGGACGUGGACGUGGACGUGGACGUGGACGUGGACGUGGACGUGGACGUGGACGUGGACGUGGACGUGGACGUGGACGUGGACGUGGACGUGGACGUGGACGUGGACGUGGACGUGGACGUGGACGUGGACGUGGACGUGGACGUGGACGUGGACGUGGACGUGGACGUGGACGUGGACGUGGACAUGGACGUGGACGUGGACGUGGACGUGGACGUGGACAUGGACGUGGACGUGGACGUGGACGUGGACGUGGACAUGGACGUGGACAUGGACGUGGACGUGGACGUGGACGUGGACGUGGACGUGGACGACGUGGACGUGGACGUGGACAUGGACGUGGACGUGGACGUGGACGUGGACGUGGACGUGGACGUGGACAUGGACGUGGACAUGGACGUGGACGUGGACGUGGACGUGGACGUGGACGUGGACAUGGACGUGGACGUGGACGUGGACGUGGACAUGGACGUGGACGUGGACGUGGACGUGGACGUGGACGUGGACAUGGACGUGGACAUGGACGUGGACGUGGACGUGGACAUGGACGUGGACAUGGACGUGGACGUGGACGUGGACAUGGACGUGGACGUGGACGUGGACGUGGACAUGGACGUGGACGUGGACGUGGACGUGGACGUGGACGUGGACAUGGACAUGGACGUGGACGUGGACGUGGACGUGGACGUGGACAUGGACGUGGACGUGGACGUGGACGUGGACGUGGACAUGGACGUGGACGUGGACGUGGACGUGGACGUGGACGUGGACAUGGACGUGGACGUGGACGUGGACGUGGACGUGGACGUGGACGUGGACGUGGACGUGGACGUGGACGUGGACGUGGACGUGGACGUGGACAUGGACGUGGACGUGGACGUGGACGUGGACGUGGACGUGGACGUGGACAUGGACGUGGACAUGGACGUGGACGUGGACGUGGACAUGGACGUGGACGUGGACGUGGACGUGGACGUGGACGUGGACGUGGACGUGGACAUGGACGUGGACGUGGACGUGGACGUGGACGUGGACGUGGACGUGGACGUGGACGUGGACGUGGGACGUGGACGUGGACGUGGACGUGGACGUGGACGUGGACGUGGACGUGGACAUGGACGUGGACAUGGACGUGGACGUGGACGUGGACAUGGACGUGGACGUGGACGUGGACGUGGAUGGACUUGUGGACGUGGACGUGGACAUGGACGUGGACGUGGACGUGGACGUGGACGUGGACGUGGACAUGGACUGGACGUGGACGUGGACGUGGACGUGGACGUGGACGUGGACAUGGACGUGGACGUGGACGUGGACGUGGACGUGGACAUGGACGUGGACGUGGACGUGGACGUGGACGUGGACGUGGACGUGGACGUGGACAUGGACGUGGACGUGGACGUGGACGUGGACGUGGACGUGGACGUGGACGUGGACAUGGACGUGGACGUGGACGUGGACGUGGACGUGGACGUGGACGUGGACAUGGACGUGGACAUGGACGUGGACGUGGACGUGGACAUGGACGUGGACGUGGACGUGGACGUGGACGUGGACGUGGACGUGGACGUGGACGUGGACAUGGACGUGGACGUGGACGUGGACGUGGACGUGGACGUGGACGUGGACGUGGACGUGGACAUGGACAUGGACGUGGACGUGGACGUGGACGUGGACGUGGACGUGGACUGGACACGUGGACGUGGACGUGGACGUGGACUUGGACGUGGACGUGGACGUGGACGUGGACAUGGACGUGGUUGGGACAUGGACGUGGACAUGGACGUGGACGUGGACGUGGACGUGGACGUGGACGUGGACAUGGACAUGGACGUGGACGUGGACGUGGACGUGGACGUGGACGUGGACGUGGACGUGGACGUGGACAUGGACAUGGACGUGGACGUGGACGUGGACGUGGACGUGGACGUGGACAUGGACGUGGACGUGGACGUGGACGUGGACGUGGACGUGGACAUGGACGUGGACGUGGACGUGGACCUGGACGUGGACGUGGACGUGGACGUGGACGUGGACGUGGACGUGGACGUGGACGUGGACAUGGACGUGGACAUGGACGUGGACGUGGACGUGGACGUGGACGUGGACGUGGACGUGGACGUGGACGUGGACGUGGACUUGGACGUGGACCUGGACGUGGACGUGGACGUGGACGUGGACGUGGACGUGGAUGUGGACGUGGACGUGGACGUGGACAUGGACGUGGACGUGGACGUGGACGUGGACGUGGACGUGGACGUGGACGUGGACGUGGACGUGGACUUGGACGUGGACUGGACGACGUGGACGUGGACGUGGACAUGGACGUGA